AUGCCUGGACAACUUUACGCGCCAAAGUUGAGUGGCAUUGUCAAGUUUACCAACUGCCGCCUAGUCCGGAAUGACGAACUCGUCUUUGAGGAUCUUUGGGUGAGCUCUGAGACCGGAACUAUUGUCUCCAGCCAGGCAGCGUUCUUCGACGACCAAACCCUCCCUGACGAAGUGAUCGACCUCGAGGGACGAAUUGUUUCUCCUGGCCUGAUUGAUGUGCAGCUGAACGGGGCUUUUGGCUUCAACUUCUCCACAGCCCCCGAGGGGUUGUCAUAUGCCAAAUCCAUCGCAGAAGUCAAUCGGAAGUUGGUUCAAACUGGUGUGACUUCUUAUGCCCCUACUCUCACCAGCCAGAAGCCAGCGCUAUACCAGAAGGCACUCCCUUUUCUUCGCCCUAAUAGCUCUCGCGUCAGCGACCAUGGGGCAGAGUCACUCGGAGCCCACGUUGAAGGACCGUUUCUGAACCCGAGAAAAAACGGGAUUCAUGAUGUGAAUGUCCUUCUCGAAGCUAACAGCUUUGCUGAUAUCGAGGCUUGCUAUGGCAAGGAGAAUCUCGGAGAGUCAGGUUCUGAAACAUCCGCUAUUAAAAAAAUCACACUCGCUCCUGAACUUGGAAACAUGCUCGCCCUCAUCCCCAAAUUACGCGAGCGAGGCAUCAUUGUUUCCAUCGGACACUCUGACUCCACAUAUGAAGAAGCGUCAAGUGCUGUUUCUGCUGGAGCAACCAUGAUAACGCACCUCUUCAAUGCCAUGCGACCGCUUCAUCAUCGUAACCCAGGUAUCUUUGGGGUGCUAGGCAUCGCUGAGAAAUCACCUAGACCCUACUUUGGAAUUAUUGCUGAUGGCAUUCAUCUACACCCCACAGUCAUCAAGAUCGCGUAUAAUGCGCACCCAGAAGGCUGCAUCUUGGUCACAGAUGCCAUGCACUUAGUUGGGCUCCCUGAUGGUGCAUACCCUUGGGAGAAUGGCGAUGUCAAGAGCAGAAUCAUCAAAACCGGCCCAACACUGCGGCUGGAAGGCACCGACAAGAUCGCUGGAAGCUCCAUCACGCUGGUUGAGUGUGUCAAUAACUUCCUCGAGUGGUCGGGGGUUUCUGUCCCACAAGCGUUGAAAAGCGUGACGAGCACGCCCGCAGCCAUGCUGGGCAUUGAAGGAACCAAGGGGUCGCUGGCAUCCGGUGCUGAUGCAGACCUCGCAAUCUUCUCAGAGAUAAAAGGAGACAGUGGUGCCUCUCAGCUAGUUAUUGAUGAAGUAUGGAAAUAUGGGAAACGAGUUUUUCGUCGGGAAGGGGUAGAUAUUCCCGAGCCAACAAGUCCGCUCGGUUCUGCUACAUAG